AUGCUGAGAAAGAUAUUGGUUGGCUACGUGGCUAAAGGAUACCUACGUCAGUACCUCUGUUUGAUGGGUGCAAAUGAAGCCAACAAGAAAACAAGCGAGGAGUCGGGUGCCUCCCCCAUCUCUGACAACAACAGCAGUUAUUCAGACGAAGGGUUCGUAGCAGUGAUAUCAGGAGGGAUGGCGGCAGGAGCACCGUCUAGAGAAGGACGGAAAACAAGUUCGUCUCAUCUCUGCACUAAGAAAAUGGAUUUAUCCCCUGUGGAAAUUUCCAAAGACGAUUACCGCGAGACAACAGCACCAUAUGAUGAUGAUCCUUUGGUUCUGGAAAUUAGAGUGGCCAAUCUCAGGGUGAAAAGAGUGCUGGUAGACACAGGGAGCUCGUCCGACAUAAUCAGUUUGCAAUGCCUAAAGAAAUUGAAGCAUGACCCUGAAACGAUAGAAAAAGUGUUUAGGCCCCUUGUAGGUUUUGGGGGAAGUGUCGUCCGCCCCAUUGGCUCCAUCCUGCUUCCCGUCUCCAUUGGCACCCCUCCAGUAACUAAAGAAGGUGUCGUCCGAUUUACGAUUGUAGCAAGCCUCACCUCUUUCAAUAUCAUACUUGGCCGUCCAGCACCCAAUGACCUAAAAGCAGUAAUUGUCCCCCAUUUACUGCUAGUUAAAUUUGUGGGAAGCAAUGGUCGCAUUGGAGCCCUCUACGGAAACCAACAACUGGCCAGAGAUUGCUACCUAUCUACGUUGGAACCGGCAGUCUGGGGAGCUUCUCCGAAGAAGAGCGAACAGUUGAAACCACUGAAAAGCAAGCGAAAACUCAAAGAAACACAUAUGGCUCAUAGUGCGAACAGGCGACCUGAGCCAGUGGGAGCACACUAUGAUAUAGUCCUGGACCUAAAGGAUCUAUCUCGAACUGUUCCUAUUGGAAUCCCGCCUGACGAUCCCAUGGCAGCAGCACUGGUGCAACUGCUAAGAGAAUACAAAGAAAUAUUCGCCUUCACAGUAGAAGAAAUGCCAGGCAUUGAUCCAGCAGUAGACGUGCACAAAUUGAAUGUAGAUAGUGCCAUGAAACCAGUACGACAGAAGAAAAGGAAUCAUGGGGAGGCAAGAAACUUAGCCGCCGCCGAGGUGCAAAAAUUGAUGGACGCGGGCUUUAUACGCCCAUGUCAGUACCCGAAUUGGGUGGCCAAUAUUCCCUUAUGGCCUGAAGAUCAGGAGAAGACAUCGUUUGUCACAGAGCAGGGUCUUUACUGUUACAAGGUGAUGCCGUUCGGCCUAAAAAAUGCACCAGCCACCUUCCAACGCUUAGUGAACACAAUUUUUGCAAAACAGCUUGGAAGGAACAUAGAAGCCUAUAUUGAUGACAUGAUUGUAAAAAGCAGACAAUGGACUGACCACCUCGGCGACUUGCGGGAGACCUUCGAGACCCUUAGGGCAUACCAAAUGAGGCUCAAUCCAAAGAAAUGCAUUUUCUGA